AUGCAAGCCUCAGUAGCAAGGCCAGCCAAGGCCAAAGCCAAAGGCAGCGCCCACACACACGCCCACGCCGGCGCCGCACCGGCCGACGAUAGCUCGUCGCGAGUGGCUCACACGCUGACCGCAUGCUCACGCUGCCGACAGCGCAAGACACGAUGCGACCCUGGACUGCCUCGCUGCGGGCCCUGCGAGCGGACAAACUCGGUGUGCGAGUACUGGGACCCGGCAAAGGGCAAGAACGUCAACCGCGACUAUGUCAUCUACCUGCAGCAACGCGUGCGCCAACUCGAACUCGAGCUCGAGAAGGUCGAAAACGAUGAAGGACACGACGACCCCGAGGUCAUGGUGCGCAGCGGUGCCGACGUCAAGCUGCAAGAGCACGACGAGACCAAGUACCUGGGCCCCUCGAGCGGAACCCAGAUCACCCGCCUGGUCAUGCAACUGGCCAAACACUUUACCGACUCCAAGUCCAUCAAGGAGAUUGUCAACGAGACCAAGGCUCGCCAGGUCAAGGCCCUCUAUGCUGAAGAGGCUACCAAACCCACGUCCAAGAUCUAUCCCCUGACCAGUGAUGUCGCUGCCGAAGACCUACCCAAUCGCAGUCUAACAGACCUCCUGAUCCAAUUAUACAACCUCAAAGUCCAGCCCAUGUAUCCCGCCCUCCACGAACCUUCGUUCGCCAAAGACGUCGACGUUGUCUACAACGGCAGCCCGGACCCCUAUCAGAACUACAUAGUGCGUAUGGUCAUUGCCAUCAGUCUGCANAAGAUGGAUACUCAGUACGCCGGUCUUGCCGACAGCUACUACCUGGCCGCCCUUCAGUACCUAGCCCCAGUCAUUCAACCUAUGAAUCUGAGGACCCUGCAAGCUUUCGCUUUGAUCGCCGAGUACUCGCUGCUGACUCCCACUCGCACCGCCAUCUACUAUGUCAUGGGCCUUGCCGUCCGUCUUGCUCAAUCCCUAGGCAUCAACGAAGAGCGCACUAUCACUCGCACCGCCUCCGGAGGCACCGCAAACUAUCUCGAGGUUGACAUGCGUCGCCGCCUCUUUUGGUGCACCUUUGUAAUGGAACUCGGUUUGUCGCAUGCCCUCGGUCGUCCAUCCAUACUUGCCACACAUCAAGACCACAUCGAUGUUGAAUUCUUCGAAGCUGUUAGCGACGAGUACAUCACNCCCGAAGGUAUCCUUCCCGGCGCUCCUAGGCCAAACCUGAANAAAUGGAUUGCCAUCCAUUUCUUCNNCAAAAUGCGUAUGUUGCAACUCGAGAUUCGAAGAAAGCUGUAUCAAAAGAAGCGAGCUACUCCAAAGGACGACAAGGAUAUUUGGUUCUUGCAAAUGAAUGCAAAACUCGAAUCCUGGAGAGAUGCCAGUCCUACUAAGGACGAAGGCAGUGGUCUCAAUAAGGUUUGGUUCGUUGGCAGAUACCACACGAUGAUUGUCUUCCUGUACAGGCCGUCUCCGCAAGUACCCAAGCCAUCUGUCUCAGCUGCUCUGAAGGUCUUCGAAGCUUGCCGCUACAACAUCUACCUUCAGCGGGAGCAGAUAACAAUGGGCAACGUUGAUCUAACAUGGAUCUUCACCCAAGCAAUCUUCAUGGCCAUCAACUCUAUGUUGUGGUCGCUGUCAUUCGCCGAGGUGCGCAAGCAAAACCCCAGACAGGACGUUCAGAAACAUCUCCAGACUGCGAUGGAAGCCAUAAGACUUGGCUCAGAACGUUGGCCAGGUGUCUUGUCCGCCAUUGAACUGUACCAUGAUCUUAUCUCGGCCAUCUUGAAGGCCUAUGAUAAAGAUGGCGACAUUCCUCUUCAAGCAGCUACACCUUCUGAUAGCGCUUCUCCUGGUGGAAACCCUUACUCACCAAAUGCCAGCCAUUCACAGGGUGCAAGCCCUGGAACAAUUUCGACUGUUUCCAUAGCUACGCCUCCAGAGAGAAUCCCUUCGUAUGGCACAUAUCACAACACGAGUGUUGAACAUCCCCCACCGAUGCCUUACCAAACAACCGACCAUUCCGUUGUGACACCUCCAGUCCAUCAGAAUACUCAAGCCACACAGCCCAUCCCUCGAAUCAGUGGACCAGACAUUUCGCCAGCCGCGUAUCCACCGUCACAGACUAACAACUCAUCAUCGUAUUUCCAACCUCUGCCCGCCAAUUUCCAAGAGCUACCUCAGACCCACUGGAGCAGCCAAUACUCAUCUCCAGGUCAGAGAGGAGGUUCUGACUCGUAUAGCCCAUUCGGUCCAUCUCCUUCUGGCGGUGGACUUGCACCNCCGACAUCUUACCCAGCUUCAUCACCACUUUAUGGACCAGGAGAUCCGGCUCAGCAGUCGGCGGAGAACAUGAUGGCUAACCCAAGCUUCUGGGGACAGGACUUGUCACAAUUUGGAACUGGUCUGGAUCAAGCCCAACAGACUGAGCUCAUGCACUCAUUGGAGACAUCUGGUAUGGAAGAUAUUCAACACAUGAUCAGUAACACCAUGCGCGCAUUUGGCCAAAGACCACAGAACGGUUGA